UUGGCUGAACAAUGGAUACUGACAUAGAACAUUUAGAUAAAGAAUGUGAUAAGGUAGGAAUUGAUAAAGAGAUUGAUUGUGAUGAAACUAUUGAAGAACCAAUAGUAGGAAUGAGCUUUUCAUCUGUAGAAGAAGUUCGGUCUUACUAUAUGAAAUAUGGUAAGCAAAAGGGCUUUGGAGUGUGUAAAAGGAAUUCUAGACAAGAUGACGAUGGGAAUGUCAGAUGGAUUUGCUUGGCAUGUGCACGAGGAGGCACAUCAAAGAGUAAGGCUGCCAAUGUUAUGAAACCAAGACAGACAGAGAAGAUAGGGUGUAUGGCUAGGAUUAACGCGAGGCUGAAUGAUGAAGGUGGAUAUACCCUAUCUAAAGUGAUCUUGGAUCACACACACGUUUGUAGUCCGGGAAAGGCAAGGCAUUUUAGAUGCUUUAAGAAAGUUGAUGCUCGUGUGGCUAAGAGGCUUGAAAUAAAUGACGAGGCAGGAAUAAGGUUGUCCAAAAAUUUCAAGGCUGUGGUUGUUGAGGCGGGGGGUUACGAGAAUGUGCCAUUCGGGGAGAAGGAGUGUCGAAACUACAUCGACAAAGCUAGACAACUUCGCCUCGGGGUUGGAGGUUCUACAGCUCUAUGUAACUAUUUCGAUGAUAUGCAAAAAAGAAAUCCAGAGUUUUAUUAUAAGAUAGACGUUGACAAUGAGAUGCGGUUAAAGAAUGUGUUUUGGGCAGACGCCCGAAAUAGAGCUGCGUAUGAAUCAUUUGGGGAUGUGAUUACAUUUGACACGACAUAUUUGACUAAUGCAUAUAAGAUGCCUUUUGCACCUUUUGUGGGUGUGAACCACCAUGGGCAGUCAAUCCUAUUCGGGUGUGGAUUAAUAUCCAACGAGGACGCAAAUACAUUUGAGUGGUUGUUUGAGUCAUGGUUGAAAUGUAUGAAUGAUCAACCACCAAAUGCAAUCAUCACAGACCAAGAUAAGGCUAUGAAAAUUGCAAUUUCAAGGGUGUUUCCAACGUCUAGGCAUCGCUUUUGCUUGUGGCAUAUAAUGAAAAAGCUUCCUGAGAAGUUUGGAUCACAUUAUCAAUAUGAGGAAAUAAAGAAUACUCUACAUAAAUGCGUUUAUGACUCUUUCAGUGAGAAAGAAUUCGAGGCACAUUGGGGCGAUAUGCUUGAUACUUAUGAUUUACAUGAGAAUGCAUGGUUGGUAUCAUUAUAUAGUGAUCGGUAUUUUUGGGUGCCAGCCUACGUUAGAGACACAUUUUGGGCAGGAAUGUCAAUUACACAACGGAGUGAAGGCAUGAAUGCCUUUUUCGAAGACUACGUUAACACUAAAACAACUUUGAAACAAUUUGUUGACCAAUACGAUUCAGCCCUUAGGAGAAAGGUUGAGAAUGAAGCAAUUGCUGACUUUAAUUCAUUCAACACAAAGAUUCCUUGCAUCACUCGAUAUCCUCUUGAGAAGCAAUUUCAAAAAGCAUAUACAAUUGCUAAAUUCAAAGAAGUACAAGAGGAAUUGCGAGGACUUAUAUAUUUGACUACCACUUUUUUGGGAUGUGAGGGUGCUCGAUAUAAGUGGGUAGUUGCCGAUGAGGUUCAAGUUAGUGAUAACUUCCUAAAACGUGUGAAUUUCACUGUCGAAGUUGAUGAAGAUCCCCUUGAUGUUAAAUGCAAUUGUAAGUUGUUUGAGUUUAGGGGCAUAUUAUGCAGGCACGCUCUUCGUAUCUUGACUCAACUAGGCAAGGAUACAAUACCAUCAAAAUAUAUCUUGGAUCGGUGGAAGAAGGAUGUAAAGCGAAAAUACAUCUUCGUGAAAAGUAGUUAUGACACUAGUAGCAUCGACGAUACCCGAAGGUACGAUAGGAUCCAAAAUGCCUUCUAUGAAUUGUGUUCCAAUGCUUCAAAGGCCGAGAGCAGCUGUGUGAAAUUGAUUAGCCAGAUAGAACAAUUGAAGGUACAGUACCCUGGUAUCGUUGAUUGUGAUACUAGCACCACAGUUGAUCCAGUUACUUCUAUGGAGGGCACGACAGGUAGAGUUCUUAGUCCGUUAGUAGUUCGAAGUAAGGGAAGACCACCGACUAAAAGAAAAGUGCACCCCGUUGAGAAGAGUCUUAAGAAAUCUAGUACGAGAAGGCGAUUGCACCGUGACGAAGUCGAGGUUCCUUUUUAUUAAUAUUGUGUACUAAAUUUACAUUUCAAAAAAUAUUAGUUUUCUAAUAAUGAUAAAUUUUUAUUUUCAUUCCAAUGCACAGCGAAGUAGUCGCGCUUCAUAUGAAUGCACUGUGAGCGGCACACAGCAAGAGGCUCCUCAAACUCAGGUUGUUUUUCCCUAUUCACAAUUGCUACAUUUUUUAUAUUUUAGAACAUGGUAAUCAUAAUGAACUUUUGCUAUAGGAUCAACAAAGUCAAAUUUGGACACAUGCGCCAGAUUUUUUUUCAACUCCUUCGAUUGCUACGGAUUAUUUUGGCACUGAAGGGACUGCUUCUCCC